UCCAAAACAGUGAACCCUGGGCCACCGAAGCGGAACAUGCAAAUCUAACUGCUGCGCCACCGGCUCGGCCCCAAUUUAAAACUUUUUUAAAAAUUUAUUUUGGAAGGAAAUCAUUCUAAAACAUUACACUCAUCUUCGGCACAUCUGUAAUACAAUAUAGAUUUUUAUGGAUAGCUGAGGAUCAUUCAUAGAAACCAAUGGCUCUCUGUGUUCAGAAGGUGUAACAGUGUCAGGGAAGCUGUUUGCCUUAAUGCCAAAUGACCUUAGACCACUUUUUAAAUGCUUCUGACCGUUUUAGAGGUUUUUCGUGGUGUUGCUACCCUUGCUACAGGGCUAUCAGGAGUCACUUGCUGCUCUAAAUGUGCUUCUAAUCUAUGAAUCCAGGAACACACAUGGACACAUUAAUAUGUGAAUAAACUGAGGGCAACUAGGCUGUGAUUGAGGACUGGAGAGUCCAGCCAAUGAAUAAAGUGCAUGUGUAUUGUAGCUGCUCCCUCUAGACCCCACAGCGUUGCCUCGUAGUUGACUUCCAGAUAAGUGAAGUGUCACUGCACGUCAGUCCCAAGAGUACUCUGCCUCUUCGAUUGGACAAGUCCACUGAAGAUUGCAAUAUAGAUUGUUCCCAAUAAUAGGAGACAGUUGGAAUAUUUAAGACAAGGAAGGCAGCAUGGCAGAGAGAUGAGAAAUAGUCUUUGGCACUGGAAAGAUCUGGUGUCCCCUUUCUAGCUGCAUGAUUGGUUUGGGGACAGCCCACCCACCUACCACUCUGAGCCUUAGGAUUAUGAGGAUGAAAGGAGAUAAAGGUGCUUAGCACAGCCCCUAGCAAAAAUGGGGUGAGAAGGGGCCAGGAAAUCGGAAUGUGUGUUGGGUGCUUGUAAGUGUGUCAGGAAGGAAGACAAAAAUGGGUGCCUGAAGGGAAAGGGAACGGGCAGAAAAGGAGCAGUGACGGAGACAUGUCAUGCUGGCUUCCCAAAAAGAGGUAGACAUCGCAUGUGUCCGCUUUGCCUUGUGUAGCCCAGAAGGCCUGGUGGCUGCCUCAUCUACCCCAGAGAACACUGGGAGGGGAGGCCGGCACUCCCCACUCCCCAUUUGGGAUUAGGAACCUCUAGAGGGCUAGCUCUGGUCUCCCUUUUUUCCUGCCCUGAUGAACACUAGGUUGGUGGGCCUAGCAGGGAGGGAGACAGGAGGAAAUCCCCCCAAUGGUUUGCGCCCACCUGAACCUAUUGACAAAAUGAAGCUGCCUGGACAAAGCAGCCAUCUCUUUCUCAAAGCCCCCAUCUGCCUAGGGGUCAGGCUGGGAAAUGGGUACUUUUGUGGGUUUUAGCCCAGAAGAGGUGUUAAUGGGGAAGGAGAGGAUGGCAGGGAAGCUUGAUGGCAGGGUGACUGUCCCCCUGUCCUUGCAUCUCUUUUGGUUUCUGCCUCUAGCCCCCCCCAUUUAGCCAUGAGCACCCACUCUGAACUGGACACUGGGCAAGAGGGCUGGAUACAGAGUUGAACGACGUCCCUCUGUCCUUGCCUCCUGCCAUCCUCAGCUCCCUUACCCACUGACCCCUUGCCCGACUUCUCUGAACCCUGUUUCUUCUGCCUCUCUGACUGUUCUGUUCAUGUCUUAACCAGAUUCCACAGUGUGUGUGCUCCCACAGGGAAACGACACGAAGGAGGGGGGGCAGAAAGGAGGGAAUCCCGUUGACGUCACUGCUCAUUAGCAUGUGUGACCUCAUCAGGGGGCGGGCCAGUUUCCCCAGGUGUCCAGGGGAGGGCACAGUUGGGGGGGGGGGGGGGGGGUGGUUGGUAUUUAAAGGGAAAAGCUGACAGUGCUGCUGAGUGAGGGAGCCGGUGCUGCGAUCCGCCAGGCUGCACACGCACACGCACACCGAUGUACACGGACCUCGACACCGACAUGGACACGGACACAGAAACCACAGCACUCUGCCCCUCCGGCAGCCACCAGGCCUCCCCACCAGGGACGCCCACACCAGAUGCCACACUGCUGAAGAAGCCAGAGAAACUGUUGGCAGGGUUGGACCGGGGUGGGCCACCCCUUGCCCCAGGGGCUCCCAGACGAAGAGGCAGUAUGCCUGUGCCCUACAAGCACCAGCUGCUGCGGGCCCAGGCUGUAGAUGAACUUGACUGGCCACCUCAAGCCUCAUCCUCUGGUUCCUCUGACUCCUUGGGCUCAGGGGAGGCAGCCCCAACCCAAAAGGAUGGCAUCUUCAAGGUCAUGCUGGUGGGGGAGAGCGGCGUGGGCAAGAGCACCCUAGCAGGCACUUUCGGUGGUCUCCAGGGAGACAGUGCUCAUGAGCCGGAAAACCCAGAGGACACCUAUGAGAGACGCAUCAUGGUGGAUAAGGAGGAAGUGACUCUAGUUGUUUAUGACAUCUGGGAACAGGGAGAUGCAGGGGGGUGGCUGCGGGACCACUGCCUUCAGAACGGGGAUGCCUUUCUCAUCGUCUUCUCAGUCACCGACCGACAAAGCUUCUCCAAAGUUCCAGAGACCCUACUUCGGCUCCGGGCUGGGAGGCCCCACCACGACCUGCCUGUCAUCCUUGUUGGAAACAAGAGCGACCUGGUCCGCUCCCGGGAGGUCUCACUGGAGGAGGGCCGCCACCUGGCAGGGACACUGAGCUGCAAGCACAUCGAGACGUCGGCCGCGCUGCACCACAACACGCGGGAGCUCUUCGAGGGCGCGGUGCGCCAGAUCCGGCUGCGGCGGGGCCGGAGCCGUGCCGGGCGCCAGCGGCCAGAGAGGGGCAGCCCCGAGGGCCCCGCGCCGCCCGCGCGCCGCGAGAGCCUCACCAAGAAGGCCAAGCGCUUCCUUGCCAACCUGGUGCCGCGCAACGCCAAGUUCUUCAAGCAGCGCUCCAGGUCGUGUCACGACCUCUCUGUGCUUUGAGCAGCGGUCGCCAUGGUCACGCGGUCGCCAUGGUCACCGCGCCCUCGGCUCGCGCUCUUGCCCCGCCCCUGUCCGGCUUCCUUUGUGAAGACCGUCUAGGAAACCAAAAACUCCCAGGACGCCCUGGUGUGGCCGCGCGGGGCGGGCCCAGACCCCGGCGGGGGAGGGGCCGGCGGAUGUCACCCCCCCCAGCCCCGCCCCCGCCAUCGCGCGUUCUCUGGAUACCUCCCGCCGCAGAGCGCCUACAAGGCUAGGACGCAGACCUGCGGGGGCGCGCGGCGGCCGGUGGGCGGGGCGGGGCGGGUGCCGGCGGGCCGGAAGGAAAAUAGUGCUGCAAGGUAUUUUGUUUUUUAUUAAUUCGCGCUUGACCACCUGUCCUGUAAAGAGAUCCUAAAAGCGAGAAUUGGCAAAGUGCUUUGUAGACUCCUUUACAGUUUUCCACCUUUGUACUCUGCGCGAAUAUGCCUCACCUUUAAGAGAGUCUUAAAGGUAAUGACACGAAGACGCAUCUUUGGGACUUAAAACGUUCUAGUGGUCAUCUGCUGUGCUUCUCCACUUUCCCUUUAAGGAGUUCUUAAAGGCGAGGGCCUGGAAGUGCUAUUUUCAAGCGUUAAUUCUGUGAUUUACCACGCCAUCAUGGCACUUCCCCUUUAAGGUUAUUAAAGGUAAAGUGGGGACCCAGUUCUGCCUUCAGAUGCCAGCGUGAAGACCUGAGCCGGUGGCAACCCUGCUUCGGCUAGGGCCCAGGAGGCACCAGCAAGGGGGCCACCCUUCCCUUUUCAAUAAAGAAUUUUUCUACGGCAC